AUGAACGCACAUGACACUCAGUUUGAGAUCGGUGCAGGUGUCCGUAUGAUUCGUGUACACGCACUCCAUAGAUAUACUUACCCAGCGCCAUGCGACCUGUCCGAGUUCGUGCCGAAGCAGGACAGCAGCACUCAGAAAGAUUCGAGAGGUGCAGCCAGCCGAAAAACCGUCUAA